AUGGACUCGGACGAUGAUUUUGGUGAAUUAUUGAGAGCAAGUAAAAGGAAACAAAGGUUACGGAUUCCAUCAUGUAAUGAAGCCAGCAUGAGUCGAGCACCUGCAUCUCUAACACAAACUAACCAAAACGAACCUGAAGCUGAAAGUUUGGGGAAGCCUGCUUCAUCGGAAAUGCCGGCGCCGGUGCCUACUGUUUCAACAUAUGGUGAGGGAUGGGGGCCAAUCUCAAGAAUUUACAAAGCCAUUCCAACCUAUACCCAGUCAUCUGGAAUAAAGCCAGAAGUUGCCGCUUUACUAGCAAAUGCAAGUCUAGGACAAUUCUAUGAAGCUGUUGUAGACGAUUCGAUUUUCUCAUAUAUUGCGGAUGAAACAAAUCAUUAUUCUAAUAGACUCUUGCUUGAAACGGGUGUAAGUGACAAUUCCCGCUACCAUAAUUGGGUAGCAACAAAUAAAACAGAAAUAAAACAUUUCUUAGGGCUAGUGGCCUGGAUGGGAAUGGUCAAAGCACCUACAUUGGCUGAUUACUGGUCAACGGAUCCAUUAUUCAACUUUAGUUUUCCUCGUUCUGUAUUCAGCCGUAAUCGAUUUGAAAUUUUGCUUCGAACAAUUCAUUUUGCAGACAACAAUCAAGCUAUCGCUGGUGAUAAACUUGCUGAAAUAAAGCCUUUGCUAGACAAACCCCUGAAGAAUUAUAAAGAUCUUUAUACUCCUGAAGAAUAUGUAUGUGUUGAUGAGACGAUGUUGCCUUCCUCUGAAGAUUGUCUAUAA